UGACGGGGACCCACUUUUUUGCCAUGUUAACUGUGGAUGGAAUGUAUGUCGUCUUAACCGCUUUGUCCUAAUUUAGCUCUCAGAAGUGCAACAGGAUUUUCGAGAAAAAAAGCUUCGAAAUGUCUCUACUUUGUGUGAGAGUUAAGAAAGCCAUGCUCCAGGGUCCCCCAGAUAAGUUCAAUGCCUACGUGACGCUGAAGGUUCAGAACGUGAAGAGCACGACCAUCACAGUCCGAGGGGACCAGCCAUGCUGGGAGCAGGACUUCAUGUUCGAGAUCAGCCGGCUGGACCUGGGGCUCAUCGUGGAGGUGUGGAACAAGGGCCUGAUCUGGGACACCAUGGUGGGCACCGCCUGGAUCCCUCUCAAAAGCAUCCGCCAGUCGGACGAGGAGGGCCCGGGGGAGUGGACCUUCCUGGACGCCGAGGUCCUGAUGAAGGCGGAUGAGAUCUACGGCACCAAGAACCCCACCCCCCACCGGGUCCUGCUGGACACGCGCUUCGAGCUGCCCUUCGACAUCCCGGAAGAGGAGGCCCGGUACUGGACCGGCAAGCUGGAGCAGAUCAAUACCAUGCACAUCCACGACGAGUACCCAUUGCAAGAAGUUCAAAGGAGCACUCUGCCCUCUGCUGCCUCCCAGUGCUCCCUGGAUGACCACGACAGCGCGGUAGACGAUCGGGACAGUGACUACCGCAGCGAGACCAGCAACAGCCUGCCCCCCCGGUACCACACCACGGCCCAGCCCAACUCCUCCCUGCACCAGUACCCCAUGGGCCCCCGGCUGCAUCACCAGGCCGACUCGCGGGAGUCCUACACGGACUCCAUGCAGAGCUACGACCUGGACUACAGGGAACACAGGGGGACCAGAUCCCCAAACCACAGGGGAAGGGUCAGAAUUAUUCCUGUAGAUUCUGGGAUGGGUGUAGAAGACUGGGAGAGCAAAUAUAAAGUACAGGGGAGGAGUGCGCUGAGCGAGUUCUUAGACAAGGCGGAAGCGCAGUGGGAAGAUGAUGAUGAGAACAAGAGCAUGAUAAUCCGCAUGGCCCAAGCCUGCUGUGAGUCGUCAGAGCGUCAUUUCUAUGAUUCCAUGGAAACGGAGUCCAUUCCUCCUGCCUCUUACCCAGAAGCGUAUGACACCAUCGACAGGCGUCGGAGGAAGAAGCGUCGGGACCAUGUUGGGGUUGUUGGACUUGCCUAUCAGGGGCCGGGAAGAGAUGAGCUCUUACCCCCGGACAUCUCCAGCAUGCCCUCGGUCCAACUGCUUCGCCACAAGAGAGGGGAUCAGGUGCUGCGGCAGGUUGCGGAGAUGGAAGAGGAGGAAGAGCAGAUGACACCAUGUUUGCGACCUUACAAGAAUGGUCUGCUCUACAAAACCAGGAUGUGGGCCAAAAAUAAGCUUGAGAACACUCUGGAAAAUUAUGCGGCAUACCAGGAGGAGGAGGCCGCCAGGCUCCGGGCCAGUCUGGAGUGGGACUCUGAGGGCUCAGAGGAGCUGCUGUGCUCCUUAGGCUCUGAAGAGGAGCUCGAGGAGAUUUCCUAUUUAGCAGAGGGUAUACAUACUGAGGAUGAGAGGUACUAUAUCCAAAGCCCAUUUGUUUCCUCACAUGGGACUCACAAAGACAAGCUUCAAGGAUAUCGGGAUAAAAAGCCCAGCAAAGGGAAGAUUGGAUGUUGGGUACCUGAGGCUGUGCUUUCUCCAGUGGAAGAACCCAUUGAUGAGUAUGUGGAUCCUAUGGAUGAGCUGCAGUGUCUGGUGGAGACAGUUUCUGAGUACCUGGCUGAGAAAGAGGAGGAGAUCAGCAAGUAUGGCUCCCUUCCUAAGUCAAACAAAUCAAGGUUGUCAUCGCAGGGCAGUGCUAGAACAGACUCCACUGGAGAUGACCAGAGCAUUGCCUCAAAGCAAAUUAAAGAGGAAACGGUACCUGAGACUUUAGGGUCAAAAUCAAAUGCCCCAGGUGAACAGGGAAUUUCUGGGGUUAAAAGUGCCGUGAGCUCUUUGUUUAGCUCCUUCACUGAAAAAGUUAACUCAGUUUCCAAACAGCCUCCGGAGUCCACCGAUUCUCCAGCCUCAGCAGAAUCCGGUAUCUCCAAACUACUGUCCUUCAUUCCCAAGUCGCCAAGUCCCACUCCAGUGGCCGUGGUGCCCCCUGCACAAGAGCCUGCACCAGACAGAAAGUUUUCCCUUCAAUCACUUCUGCCUUUCCAGUCACUCGAUAACAAAGAUUCUGGAAACAAGGCAUCAAAUGCAAACCAUGAAGCUAAGCCUGACAAAACUCUGGUCACCAGAGAGAAAGCCCAAGAAAGUACAGAAAACCAACCACCUUCUACUGUCAAUUCCAUGUUUGGAAAAAUAAACCCCUUAAGGUUUUUCUCAGGUGAUGAAAUAGCAAGCUCCACAGAGCAGAACAAAUCCCCAAGCAGGAAUGGACCUCCUGAGGAGUCUAUAGAUCAAGCUAAAAGUGAUAGAGGCUUGACUGAGGUUAAGCCUGUAGGAACUCAGACAAGAGAACAUUUCUCCAAGGUAGACAAUGAGAGAAGCCUCCAGAAAACAGGAAGUGGAUCUCAGGAUCUACAAACUACUAAUAUACAGCAGAAUCAGACACAGAGAAAAUCAGAAAUAGGGAAUGAUCCUUCCAAUAGCCAAGCUAAAGUAGAUGGGGUAUGUGCAAGUCGAACAGAAGACAGUGGGUUCUUUAGCCCCUUCAAGAAGUCCAUCAGCUCACUGAUUUCACCUACACCUUCUGAAAGCCCCACUAACCAGACCUCAUCUGCUUCCUCUGUGGGUUCUGUAUUUAGAUCAACAGAGGACAUUCAAGCGGAAAAAACUGCUGAUGAGUCAUUUUCUCUGGGUGGCAAGUUUAAACUUCCAUUUCUGUCCAGUGAAAAUGUCUCUGCUCAACAACCAGCAAAAUCAGAAGGUGGCAUAUUUUCUGGCCUCCGUAAAUUCGCCUCUGGUGAAGACAUCAGCUUGUCUAAAAAUAUUUCACAAGAUUCUGGGAAAAAAGAAAGUAGAACCCCACAAGGUGGGGCAAGUAGUUUUAUGUCCUCUGAGGUGUCCAAAAUGAAUCAGGUGAACCGUGCUGCUCUCCUUGAAACACAACCUAAAGCAAAUGUUGAAACAGGUUGGUUUUCUAACCUCUUCAAGAUAUCUUCAAAUGAGGACAUGCGUGCAGCAUCUCAUGCCCAGCAACAGGCGAAACCACCUGACACCUCUGCUCCAUCCAAUUCAGCAAUUCCAAACCAGUCUGUUUCCAGUAGUCAACAGCAGCAGCAGCAGCAGCAUUCUAAUAGGCCAAUAACCCCAAUUGAUCCGCAGCAUGCUCAGCAACAGCCUCAGCCUCAACAGGGAGGGCUGAUUUCAGGACUGUUACGCCAACCCCAGCAGACAUCCUCAAAUGUUCAGCAAGCACAAGGUAGUAAUAAGCAUGAGUCAGCUUUCAGUCAAAGUACUCCUCAGCAAGGUACUGCAGCUCCCCAGACAGGAGGGUUUCUCUCUGGGUUGCUUAGAUUUGGUUCCUCUGAUAAUGUAUCUGGAAACAGCCCACUCCCUCAAACACAGCAGCAAUCAAUGCCUCCUGGUGGCCAGGAUUAUCAGGCCCAGAAGAACAUGCAACAAUUACCAAGUCACAAUCAGAAUCAACCUCAACGAUCUGCCACACCACCAUCACAGGCAGGUGGUUUUUUCUCUGGAUUAUUUAAAUUUGCUUCAUCAGAGAAUGUGUCUUCUAACAGCCCACCCCCUCCGUCCCAGCCACAGUCACAGCAGGACCCUCCAGGCAAUGAGCCUCUCCAACAACCAAUUAACAGACUUAAUAUGCCUGGACAAAAUCAGAAUCAACCUCAGCAAACAUCUACUCAGAAACCAGGUCUCCUGUCUGGGCUGUUUAAAUUUGCCUCCUCAGAAAAUGUUUCUGCUAACCAACCCCCUACAUCCCAGGAACAUAUUUCGCAACAGCCACUGCCACUACCUGGUGAUCAACCCAGCAAGCAACAGACGAACAUUCCAAAAUUGCCUGGAAGAAAUCCGAAUCCCCUUCAGCAAGCACCAAGUCAACAAGGAGGGCUUCUGUCUGGCCUAUUUAAGUUUGCAUCUUCAGACAAUGUUUCUGCUAAUCAGCCUGCAACAACCCAACCACAACCAGUUUUACAGGGCAGUCAACCAAAUCAGCAACAAUUGAACAGGCACAGUAUACUAGGGCAAAGUCAGAUUCCUCCACAACAUGAUGCAGAAGAGCCCAGUCAGCCAAGAGGUUUGAGUUCAAGUCUUUUAAAAGCAGGUUCCCUUGACAGUGCAGCUCGACAACAAGAGACACCACUAACCAGUCAGCCCCAAGUUGGCCAACAUCUGGGAAAAGGUCAAAAUGUAACUGGACUAUAUCAUGUUCCUCCACAGGCAGAUGCUAUGGUAGAUCAACCUGCAGGCUUACUAUCUGGAUUGUUUAACAAGUUUAAAACAUCUACAGAUGAUGUAUCAGCAAGAAACCAGACUCCUGUCACCCAGUUACAUCAGCCUGAGAUUCAAUCCAGCAGUCUGCCUGGGCAAGGGGUUCAUAAAACACAGACUCAUCAGACCGUAAAACCACAAUUAUCUCAUGAACAAGGUUCAGAGAAAGAUCAGAACCCACCUGCUCAGCAAGGCUUCUUCUCUGGACUAUUUACCCGGAACUCGGUGGAAGACAACAUCUCCUCAAAGACAGACAAUCAAGCUCCACAGAAUGUACAGCAGAGUAAGGAAAACUUCUCAGGCUUGCUUUCUAGUAUUUUCAAAACAGGAUCCACUGGAGGUGCUCAAGAACCCAGAACUAAACCUGAAAAGAACGAGGGAAUUAUCUUUGGAACGAAAAAUGAUUCUCAAAAUGUGCCAAUGUCUUGUAGUACAGAAGGUAUGGACUUGAGGACUUCUGCUACUUUUAUCAGGUUACAACAUAAUCAGGCAAUCUAUUCAUUGAAUAGCACUGGCCAUUUACCCAAUGAUUCUUACUAUCAGCAUGGUUAUCAGCAAAAUCAGAAAACAGUACUGUCCACUGAAAAACUUUAUUCCUUAGAACAGGAGCUUCCUGCUAUAAUGUCCUCUCAGCAAUAUUCGUCACAUGGUACAACUGGACAAUAUGAUGAUCAACAGCAGCCAUCAUCAUCUACACUGCAUGGGGCAAAUGAUAAUGAAGUUUAUGCACAGAACUGGACCCAAGAAUCUGUAUUGUGGCAGCACCUCAGCGACAACAAUUUUACAAACAAAUUUGUUGAUCAAGCACAUAAUUAUUAUCAGGAAAAUCUGGAUUUCAGGCAGCCACCAGAUGGUGCAUCGAUACAAGAUGCUCCUCUGUCCUGGGGGACUGACAAAAUUGACAUUAAUCAGCACUCCAUUAUCUCACAGACAUGGGAGCAAAGUGUGGAUUGCCCAGAGAGGAAUGCAUAUUAUCAACCUGAAACAUCAAGUUACAAAACAUCAAAGAAUGGCUCAUAUCAGAAUGGUAGCAAAAGGUUAUGGAGUAGUUACGAUAACCUAGAAGAUGUGUAUCAUGUAAAAAGUAAAGGUUAUCAAGAUCAGUUGAUGGCAGAUGAUAUUGUAUUGAACUUGAGUACUAAGGGGAAUGUGAGAUUCAGCAGCUGGCACUCUAUGGAUGAAAGCAAUAACUAUAAUCUGCAUGGUGCCUCGUAUUAUGAGGGCAAUUUAGAGGGGAGGCAACCCAGAUCGGUGGAGCCCCCUAAGACACCAUUUUAUUUCAGAGGUAUGCAAGAUAUGAUGAAACAACUUUCACCAUAUGGUUACCACUCAGAUAAUUUUGCUAUGGACCUGAGUAGCUCUCCCAGAGGGUAUGAAGAUUUGGAAGAUUACACCUACAUUGAGGAGUCGGAGUGGUACCAGCAAUGGCUCUCGCUGUUGGAACAAGGAAUGUGGUGGCCAUCUGAAGAUGGUGAUUGUGGAUAUUUUGUAUAUUCUGAUGAGGAAUAUAUUUAUGCCUUGCUGACUGAUGAUGCUGGACAGUAUGUUUACACCUACACUACUGAAGAUGAACCCUGGGGAUAUGGACAGGUCCCUGAAGAUCUCCCUUUUGCAUGGUUGCAAAAUGAGAUGGUCACUGUGUGUGGUUUCAAAAUUCCUCUUUAUAAUGAGGAUGAGCUUAUCUGGUUCCCUGGACAAGACCAGGGAAGUGCUCAGCUCUUUAAUGCACCUUUUGACCUCUCUUCAGUUUUCAGGAAAGGGAAUCAAAUUAUGAACUUGAAUUUAGAGAGCUUCUCCCAGAUGUUUGAGGAUGCAAUUCUCACACAAAGAGAUGAACCUCUGAACUUCUCCACAUGCAGACUAAACAAGUUCAGAAUGGACACAAGACAACAAUGCCAGACAGACUAUUCCUAUCCAGAUCCAUAUUUGGAAGCAGUUGAUCUAUCUUUACGGAAAGAAAAUAUUGGAAGCCUUUACUUUAAUAAUCAAGCAAUAAAAGAACUUCUUUCUCAGAAAGUUUCUGUCUCGCUCUCGACCACCACAACUGACCCCACUUCUCAAGGCUUUUAUAGCGGUUCCCUCCCUCAGCAGAGGCAGCAAUCAACUUCUGAGAUUAUAGUGAAACAUAUUGAUGAUGUAUCUGAUGAUGAGUGGUGUAGGAGAACUCGUACAAUGGGCCAAAGGCAGAGGCAGCCAGCCCAGCAGGCCUCUUCCUUCUUCUCAGCUAUUGGAGAUUUAGUUAAGACUCAAGAUUAUGAACUGUGCAAAGCUGCAACUGCUUCUAAGCCACCUACUGCAGCAAGUCCAUCCAGGUCUUCCGGAAAGCCUUCACAAAUCCCACAGGAUGGUAGCUAUAUCCAAAAAGAAAAAUCUAAAGUACAAUCACAGGAAGAUCCUCCAGUGGAUAGUCAGGCAAAGAACAUUCUGUCCUCUAGCUUCCAGAGUUUAAAGUCAAAGAUCAUGAAGGAAGAGUCUUCUGUGCCAUCGACUCUGUCUGAGGCUACAGGGAUACAGGUGACAAAACCAACCUCAAGUACACCAAGCAGAAUUUUGCCUACACCUCCCACCACAGGAUUGCCUUCUGGAUUCACUCAUGCUUCUGCUCAGUGCAAACAAUCUCCUCCCUCUCCACAGAGAAAUAAACUUUCACGACAACCUACCUUGUCACCUCAGUCUACAAUACCGACACUGUCCACAAUACCACCAAGUCAGCUGGCUAAGAAACCUGUUGAGCAGGGCUCACUGUCUAGAAGCUCAUUGAAUAUGUCUAGUAAGUCAGAUAUGCCCCAUCAGUCAUCCGAAAAGCCAGUUGAAAUGCCAGCAGAGAAACCAGAGGCUAGUGGAUUCUUGGGCUUUUUCAGGUCAGCAGUAGGGAUUGAUGAACCAAAACCAGAACCUUGUAAACCCAGUGAACCUCGAGUAAAACCACUAGAGAAGAAUGGAGCUGCAAGCACAAACAAAGAGGGAACAGGGAUAUCAAACCUUUUUGGGUCAAUCAGUGACUUUUUUAAUGUGGAGCCCCCUCCUUCUCAGCCAACAAAAUCACCACAAGCACAAUCACAAUCUACAACUUCAAAAAAGCUACAGCCAGGUUCCAGCAUGAGAGACAGUAAUAAAAGCAUCGAUGAUGCUGAGCCUAAUAAUACACGGAUGUCUUCAAGACCUAAGGGCCUUCUUAAACAGCAAACUGUACAGAGUUUUGGUGAAAGUAGCCUACCUGAAGGUGGUGUAUCACAGUCAAGCCAACCUCAUGUGCCAGGCAAAAGCAUGUCUCAGAUAUUCCCUCCCAAUUCCAGUGUUGGCCCUGCUCCUGGUAGAUCUCAAACAAUGCCUCCAACUGGACAAUCUGUACAGGAACCUCCUCCUAAGCAGACCGGUGGCUUAUUUGGCUUUUCAGUUGUGGACAUGCUCUCUGGAACAUCAGCCACAAAAGAGGAACCGCAAGGUAAAGGUUUGCUGUCAAUGUUCACUGGACCUAGCCCCCAGCAGACUCAGACCCAGUCUGGAUCAGUUCUUGGUGGCAUUCUUUCUGGAGCUUCUCAAUCUAAAGAAACCCCUGGCAAAGGGUUAUUUUCUAUGUUUAGUGGGCCAAGUCCACAGGCAGCCUCAUCCCAACAAGGAUCCAUCCCCGAACCCUCUCAGACAGGAACUGCGCCUCCAACAGAACCGUCAAUCAAAGGUUUAUUUUCAUUAUUAACUGGGUCUAGUCCUCAACAAACGCCGCCCCAAUCAGGGUUCACUUCUGGACCCCCUCCUCCAGGCACUGUCCCACCUCAAGAGCCACCAGGCAAAGGUUUAUUUUCAAUGUUCAGUGGACCUAGUUCCCAGUCAGCUCCAUUGCAAACAUCUCUUCUUAGUGGUAUACUCCCUGGGUCAGCUGGCCCUAAAGAAAGUCCUAGCAUAGGUUUGUUAUCUAUGUUCUCUGGACCUAGUCCCCAGCAUGCCUCACCACAGACUACGCAAAGCCCUGAAGCCACUGUUGCAGAGCAAGAUAUUCCAAAAGAGGUCUCUCAAGGUAAAGAAGAAACAUCUCUUUCUAUUCCUAAGCCUGCAACACAGCAAGAAUCAUCAGCCCCUGAAGCUUCACCUCCAGAAACUGCUCUGCCAAAAGAGUCACCAAGCACAGGCUUAUUUUCAAUAUUUACUGGACCCAGUCCUCAGCAACCGGCAUCCCAGACUGGAUCAUUUCUGGAUAGCAUUCUCUCUGGAUCCUCCGGACCAAACGACGCUCCUGCUAAAGGCAUAUUUUCUAUAUUUAGUGGGCCGAGUCCCCAACCAGCUCAGAGUGAAACGAGUACUACAAAUUGUGGCCCAGCUCCUGGAACAUCUGCGCCCAAAGAGCCUUCAAGCAAAGGACUAUUUUCCAUGUUUGGUGGACCUAGUUCAGCACAAGCUCCCUCUCAGACUGGAUCAAUUUUAGGGGGCAUUUUCUCUGGGGCUUCUGCACCCAAAGAAACACCUGGAAUGGGUCUAUUUUCCAUGUUCAGUGGACCUAGUUCCCAGCUUAGUCCUAACCAAACUACACCGACAACUAAACCACCUGAGGCCGACAGCGGUUUCAAGCUUUCUUCUUUGUUCUCACUUAGUGGUGUUCCUGAGGAGAGCAAACCCAAAGUUGGUGCUAGUAACUCUGAAAACACAUCCCUUGUGGAUGGGAAACAACCUGAGGCACUGAAACCCCCGGAUUCAACAAGUGUGAGAGACACCUCUGCACAGGGUAUCCCAAAGACCACUGUAUCUGAUAGCAUCUCCACUGAUGCUGCUAAGAAAGACAAGGAACAAGGGGACACUAUUGUUCUGCAUAAAGAAGUUAUUCUGUCUCGUGCACCUGGGCAACUUGACAACAUUUCUCAACUCAAAGAAUCAGUUUCUCAGGUUGAUAACAAAGAGGUUGCUCUAGGCUCUGAGUUGAUAAAGCUCCCGGAUUCCUCUGAGAAGGUUCAGAUUACCACAGGUGAACAACCCACGAAUACAACACAACAACUUCCAGUUGCAGAGCAGACUGUUGUCCAGGCUGAACCACAGCUUAAAUCAGGAGAUACAAAGUCUACAGACCAGGACAAAGUUGCUAGUAUUGGUGAACCACAGAAACUACCUGCGGCAGAAAAGUCUGUUCUGGACUCUUCAGCUGAUAUGCUCUCUGGUUUUAUGUCCAAGAUGUUCUCUGGACCAAGUGGCCCCUCCAAACCCACUACUAGCAUUUUCUCACCCACUCAGUCUUCAUUUUUUAAGUCCUCACCCACCCCCACCCCUCAGCUUCAACAGAAGAGCUCCUUCUUCACUCUUCCUGGCAGCCUCCCCACAGAGUCCUUGAAAACUGACCUCUUUGGAAUUUUCAAAGCACCAGAGCCACCUAAACCAGCAGCAAGACAACAACCAGCCUCGGUACUCAUGCCCCAGUCUAGUGUAAAAGAUGUAAUACCCGUAGUUAGUGUGCAUAAUGUAAGUGAAGCUCUCCCUGGUGGUGGUGAAUCACUCUCAGCCCAACCUGGUGGUGUGGAUAGAAAUCAGGCAAUCCCAGCAGCAAAUACUCUGGCUAAAGUCUUACCAAGUGUUUCAGAAGUUGUGCCUGGAAAAGACAUUGAAGUAGCUCAACCAACAGCAGAAGUAGACACGUCAGUUUCUGUUACAGCAACUGACACAAGUCAGCCUACUGAUGCUACUGAGAAGGUAAAAGGUAUCCCUCCUGAGACGGAAAUCAUACAUGAAAAACCUGGUAUAAUCAUGGGAGGAAUUGAGUGUAAGGGUAUGGACAAAGCUGGAGCACCACUGGAUAAUGCUGAGAAGGUUCUUCUAUUGGAUAAACAACCUCAAAAUGCUGAACCUCCUCCUGCAAAGUCCCUGUUUGACAUGCCUGGCUUGUCUGCCCCCAAGCUCAGCUUCAUGUCUGGAUCUGGUGAUGGAGGGUCAUCUUUCGGUUCCAUCUUCUCCUCUCCGCCAUCAAUUCCCAAAGGUUUGCCUCAAAUGCCAGUAGAUGGAGGAGGCCUCCUCUCUGGGUUCAAAGCCUUCUCCGCUGGCCUUUUUCAAGAAGAGAAGCCUGUUGCAGCUAAGGAGGAAUCGACAGCUGCCUCAAUGUUCGGAAAGAAAUUAGGCUUCCCUUGGACAAAAGAACCCCCUGAACCACCUAAGCCUCAUGAACUCCCAGUCAUCACCACCCAACCCAACUCCAUUGAUGGCAGGUCCAGUGAAGAUGAGAAACCCAAGUCAGAGUUAGGUGUUUGUGACAAAAUUAGCUGUGAGGCUAAGGAACCCAAUGACAGGAUCCUAAAAGAAUCUCAAAGCUUCGAUCGGAGCCAGGGAAGCACAAUACUCCCCAAGCAGGGAACAGUAGGUCCUGCAGAUAGCAUAGGUACACCCCAGGUACGCGUCUGUCCACCCGUGUCAGACCAGUUGCUAUCCCAGGCCGAAAAUGGGAAGGACACCCUUUCCAAACCCUCAUCUUCUGCAGAUCCCACCUUAGGACUGCUAAAGGACAACCAGUUGAAGAAGGACCUUUUGAGUGCAAAAAGGCCAGUAGGAGCAUAAUAAAUGGCUGAGAAACACCAUUUAUAAUGCAUUGCUGUUAGUUUUUCCAUAUGAAAGAUAGUGACGCCCUCCCCCCCCCCCUUUAGAAUUGAUACCUAAUCUCUUAAGAUUUUGUUCUUGUUCUUCCCCUUCCCCUUAUUUGUCUUUGUUUCAGCUAUUUGUAUGUGCUAGUUGUUGUUUAGUUGCUUGUGUUGUGUGCUGUGCUCAUUAUAUUAUGUGGAUUGUUUGCAUUGUGUUUGUGUGAUCUCACCACAGGGACAGUUACAAUGUCAAAGUUAUUUUGGAGAGAAUGAAAUGUAUUGUGCCACUCUGAUUCUUCAUUAUAAAAGCAUGUAUAAGACUAAAAUCUACAUUUAACAUUUUUAGUCACCUUCAUUUGGAGAAUUGAUUUUUGAUCACUUAAUUCUUCUAAAUAUCUUAGUGGAGAUUUAAAAUAAAAUAAAAAAACCUUCAAAUUUAACCGUGAUGUAGAGUUAAGUACAAAUUCAGACCUUAUUCCUGUCCGUGAAGAUAUUUAAAAUGUAUAGCUCCUGAUGUGAAAACCGUAUAGUUAUUGCACAGUAAUUACUGUUACACUGGUCUCUUGUACAGCCAAUGUGACAUUGUUUUCACCACUGAAAACCGUGCACACGAAAGACUGUUUUCUGAUUAUGUCUCUAACGUAAUAAAUUUUAUUUAUAACUCAGGGUGGAUGUGUAAUGGAUAAAUUGAAAUGCCAUAUUUAUUUUCUCUGAAGUGAUGUAUCUCAUCGGAUUAUGGUUACCUUAAUGAUAUGUCAUUAUGACCUCAGAUUUACACAAUUUGCCUUGUUUUUAGUUAUUGGAAUGGAUGUAGCCUAAUUGAUAACAAAUAAGAAGAAUUAUAAGAAUAUAAUACAAUAAUUGAAAUAUUGGAGCUGGGUAAAAUCCAUAUUUGAAAUAACUAAAUACUUUAGAUACUUGUAAAAUUUGAAAACACUCCUGGAGAGAAACAUGUUCUUAAACAAAAUGUACAGUCCUAAGAAAUAAAAUCCUUCUGAAAUUUGGUGAAAAUACAGGUUUAUUUAAGGAUUUCUUUAUGUAAUUAGUAUACUUAUAGUGGUUUUUAAAGCGUUAAACUACAGUAUAAGACACAGUGACAGACUGUGGUUUGCAGUCCCAGGUUUUGACGCGGGUCUCUCG